GGGGGACAGGAGGAAUCCCUCAAACUGGAAUAUAAAGCAGCUUUACUGGGGGCGGGGAAAACAGGACUCCGUAACUAAUAAGCAGUGUGCUGUUCUAGCCUUACCAAACCUCUGCAAAAGAGCCGGCGCUAUUUCCGCAAGACACGCCUACGUAGUCGGUUCCCGUCCCCUCGACUCUCCAAAAGACGCCAGCACUAGAGUGCGAUCUUUGGGUCUGGCUUUUCGGCGCCUUGCUAUGAAGCCGCUUGGAAAUCCGCAUGAGGCCGGCAGGUGAGAAUGUCUGCUUACGUUGAGUCCAAAUGAUAUUUUCAGGUGUUCUAUUGAUCUUGGUGCUAACAGAAGAAUUAGUAUUUGCUGUUCAGGUACUGACUCCCAAGCUUGUGUCCUCUCAGAAUCUCCUGAUGGACAAUAUUAGUAUUUUAGCUAUGGAGACAACUCCAGGACUUGGACGCCAUCACACAACCAAAUCUUUGCCCACAACAACUCUUGCAAAUGCUGAUUCUAGCAGUAUAGCAGAGACUUCUGUUCCUUCUGUUGGCCAGAAGGAAUUAAACAGCAGCCAUUUUGUUGCUAACACAGAAUCUUAUCAUUUAUACAACCAAAAUGCUUUGUUGUCCAGGAAGUCACUUAACAAAAUAAAAAUGUUUCUGGGUGUCCAAGGCAAUUUCACAGCAUUUACAGAACCUUAUCUAAAAGCAGAAUUGUAUUCUUCUGCUACUACAGAAAACUGGCCUCCAAAAUAUCCAUUUCAGACCCAGCCUACAGUUCACACCAGUCAUCAAAAUAUUUUACAGGGAAUCACAACAGACUCAAUUGAUUCUAUUCAUACCUUGGAAGGUCUUAAUGAAACAGAGAAGGGGAGAUCAUCAGAACUGAUUACACAGGAUCUCAUUAUCCCAACAAUUGGUCCAUCAACUGUUCCUGAAAUGGUGACAGUGCCUUUUAAAGCCACACAUGGUAUAGAGGAUAUAUUGGGCAAAAACAAUUCAUGGAUAAAUCCAAGCCGGAAUACAGAUCAGGUAGCCUUUUUUUCUGGUCCUGGGACAACAGCAACAGAAGUAGACUUUGGACAAUCUAGUCAAAAUGAUGUUGAUGCCAGUCUUUCCUCCUUAUAUGCAACAGGAAGCUCUAUUGAGGAACCAGCUACCACACUGCAUCCCUCUGGACAUAAUGCUAACUUGCCAAGCAGUACACUGUCUGUGGAACCCUUGACAUGGCUUCCAAGUUCCACUUCAACAGCCACAGAGAAUUUCCUAAACAGACUGGUACCUGCUGGUACCAGAAAGCCUGAUGUCUCAGGAAAUGUUUCUCAUGUCACCGAAAGGGACGAGCCCCAAUACAGAGCAACUAUUUGUCUCAGCAAAGUGGAUAUAGCAUGGAUUAUCUUGGCCAUCAGUGUACCCAUAUCCUCAUGCUCUGUGUUAUUAACUGUGUGCUGCAUGCGACGAAAAAAGAAGACAUCAAAUCCAGAAAACAACCUGAGUUAUUGGAACAAUGCAAUCACCAUGGACUACUUCAACAGGCAUGCGGUAGAAUUGCCAAGAGAAAUACAACCCUUUGAAACAUCUGAGGACCACCUUUCUGAACCCCGGUCUCCAGCUAAUGGGGAUUACAGGGACACCGGCAUGGUUCUCGUGAAUCCUUUCUGUCAAGAGACGCUCUUUGUAGGACAUGAACAAGUGUCUGAAAUAUGAACCUUGCUCCAGUUCUUUGUUUUAUCUUUACAAUCUCCAAAUUAUGACUAUAAAUAUAUAUGUAUAUUAUAAAUAUAAUCUUUGUGUAGCCAUGAAAUAUAAGAAACAUUUUCAGCUCCCCUCCUCUUUUUUUAUGUGUGAUUAAAAAAGUUUACAGACAAACUUCAGCUUUAUAAAAUAAAGGGUAUUUGUAAGCAAAAAACAAAACAAAACAAACCUCUGUAUUAUUUAGAUUGGGUUUUUCCCCCCACUCUACAUUUAAAUUUCUGGAUUUAGGCAAACUAUCAGUCUGGGCACAUCUAUGUUUAUUCUCUAUACCGCUCUCUACAAGUGUGGUUAGUGAAAAUACCUGUUUCUAUUGAGUUUGGCCAGCACAGAUAAAAAAAGGUUUUUCAGUAAAUAAGAUACAAAAACUUUGAGGUGACAAAAAUGCAGAGAUAGAAUUCAUAUAAUGAUCACAAACUAAAUUAUAAAGAAAUUUUGUUUUUCGGUGAACAAGAAUAACAAAUAUUUAGAAUGUAUGUGUUGGUAGAUUUGCGCAUUAUACAUUUACUGUACAGAUACAUAGAACUGAGCCUGAGAUAUUAUAGGUGCAUUAGAUGCACCUAUUGCUGUUUCCAAGGUUUCUCUGAAUAUUCCAAGAUGAUAUACAAAGUAGAUUUCAGUAUAAGAUCAGCUUCUUUUUGCUGUAUAAUGUAACUGAUAAAUGUUCAUAAGAGCAAGUGAUUUAAUAAUUGGCUCUUCAAACCUCUUACUUCAGGAGGGCUUUCUGAUAAAAUUCCUGAUGUUGCUACAACUUCCAGCACUUGUCACCUUUGGCAUUAUGGUUGGUUGCAAGAGGUUUAGACUAACUUACUCAUUUUUAUCCAAGAACCUGGUUUAGGCAGUAUUAAAGAUAUUGAUGGUGUUAAAGAUAUUGUCACAAUAUGUAAGCUAUUACAAGUAAAGUAAUGCUGCCUUUUGCAACUGACCAAUGGACAUUUUGUCCAUAUCAAUGGUGUUUGGUGCUUCAGAUAUUUUGGGAUUGCAUUCAAGGCAAUCUUUGUAUUCUUUUGUCACCAUCAUUCUACUUUUUUCACAAGUCUUUGUAUUUUGUGAUUUUUCUAAGUUCUUUUCCUUCUAUUCUGCUGUCUGCCAAAUCCACUAUUCAGGGUUAAAUCUAGGGUAUUAUGUGGCAAGUGAAUUCUAAAGUCUCUUUGAAUUCUAAAGUCACUUGAGCUUCUUCAUUUUCUAUGACUUUUUCUAUUUUAUGGCCCCACUAUUUCUUCUUUGAAGGUAACUAGUACUUCUUGCAGAUCUCCCAAUGUAUUAUUAUUGCUGCUUUGUCUUCGUUUGUAGUCAGUCUCUACAGCCUUCUUGCAGUAGCUAACGAAACAAUCCUGUUUCUUCAGCUUCUUUGCAAAUGUGGCACUUGCUGUCUCUUCUUGUCUUCUCAAUUCUGGUUUUGUAUGCAUUUGUUCUUAAGGUUUGGUCUUGUGCAUCCAAAAUUAGCUCCUCUGUCUGCCAGGUAUUUUUAUUAUCUAUUUUGCCUUUUUUUUAAUGUACUGGCCAUGUAAUACUUUGUCUUUCCAUAUCUCUUUGCUUCCUUCAUUUGGUCUUUCUUGUGGAGCACUCUGUUCUUUCCAAUACUCAGUAAGCCUUGCUGGCAUACUAGCUUCAGUGAAUCCUCUUUGGUGUCCCUUAAGAUAUUUUUCCAAUGCCGUUUUCUUCUUCAACCAUCUAAUGUACUUGAAACAUUCCAGGCCCACUUAUUUUCCUUGGUAAAUAAAGUCUGUCAAUAUUGCUGUGAGGAGAAAAAAUCACUGUCAUUAAUAUUCUGGUCUUCCUAUCCAGAUCUGCUUGAGUCCAGUCCAUUAUUCCAGCUGUGUAUCCAAUGAUUGUAGUUGCACAAGUGUUGAUUGCCUUGAUGGUAUUUCCUUAGCUAAGUUUGGAAUUUUAGAUUCUCCUCACUCUCUUGAUGUAUUAACUUCUGGUUUUGCCUUGACUUCAGUGUGCUUGAGUUUAUUGGCUUGAAGGAUGCCCAGAUAUUUGUAGUAUUCAUCUUCAUCCAGACUCUUGAUGUUGUUUCCAUAGGAAUCUUGAGUCCUUCUCUUUUCACUAUUUUUUUUAAUUUCUUUUUGUCACAACAGUAUACACAAACAUUGUCA